GAAACACAGCAAAAUAACGAGUAGAGUUCAGCGAAUUACAGAGACGUCUUCCAUGUGCAGUUCGAGUAGCGAUGAGAAAGUCGAUCCCAUCCAGGGGUUAAAACAACGAUUGAUUCUUGGCAACACUAAGACUGAACUGGAUAAGGAUAGGAGACGUUGUGAUUUAACCAGCGAAGGAGAAUCGACCGAUCAUCCAGCCGUUCUUGCACAAAGUGGGAUGGCUGAUGAGAGAGCGAUAGGAAUUAGCAGCCAAAGCAAGUCGCCGUAUCUAAGGACUUCAUACCAUCUGUCAUCAUCACCGGGGCAUAUCUCGAUGGACACAUCCAGAAGCUCAUUGUCUUACCAAAACUCGUUGGCGCCGUUGCUCUCUCUUUCUCCAGUUACGCCGGAAGGGCACAUCAAGACCACCCCAGCCGUGGAAGACUUGCCAUCAACCUAUCAGCAUACAAUGGAAUUGAUGCGUCCUGCAGCCCUGAAUACGCCCAAGGACUUUGAAACUCAACAGAAUGAGCCGACUCCUUCUUUUCUAGCAAUGACUGAGAGUACAACCCAUAGCUUCUCUGGGGGCAACGCUCGUUUUUCAGGUGACUAUCAAAAAGCUCAAGAAUGCGUACCAUGGCCUGCCUUCGGACCCAUACUUGGCGAACAUUCGUGUGGAGCCGAUGCCCCUCUGGAAGGCGAGCAAGGCCUGGGAGGAUCAAGUUCGCUGGAUAGUGAGUGCACACACCACUCUUCGUCUGUGCCCUCCAGCGCCUCAGGUCACCCCUCGCAGCGAUCAUCUGGGUUUGUGGCGUACCAUCAGCGCGGAACAACAUCAGGAGCGGUCAACAAGUUACGGGCAGCUCAAGCAGAUGGGACAGUCGUAGAUACUCCGCAGGGGAUGUUUCUGGGGUAUCCCCUGGCACACAGGUCAUAUGCAUGUAUAACCUCAAGCUCGACGGAGUCUCACCGCAUAUUGACGCAGGAACGUGGCGUGUCAAGACCUCCGGUGUCCAAGGAAAUUUUUACGGAGCAACACGUUUCAAUGCACGAGCAUUCGAAUGCAUUCUCACGGCAAUGGCUACAGAUAUCACCAACCUUUCGCAGCACACCUUCUUCAACAUCCUGCAUCCAAGGGCCACAAGCAACCACGCCGGGCCGGGGUACCUCACUUGGUGGCCCCUACCCUCUUAAUGUGCAGACCCUUAUCGACGAUCAUCAUCAUGUGGAGCGACCCUGGAUCUCCGGCGGAGAUACAAGGUCUUUGACGCGAGGCAUGAGAAAGGAAAGCGGCAUGAGCGCAAAUAGACAAGAGUCUACAAGUUCUGCUGCGAGGACGAGUGUUCCUGACCCUAAUGCGGCGUUGUCACAGGUUUGUCUUCACGAUUCCUUGAUGCCCUUCAGCUCGCCUGCGUGUCCGUCGCCUUUUCGUGAUAGCAGCGCUGUAGAAAUGCGACUGUCUCGAGCUCAGCACAUAUGCAUGCCGUCGUCGAGCUGCAUGUUUGCAGACACCUUCCAACGCUCCGACAUUCAAGAGUCUACACAUUAUAGAUCAAUGAGGGGCGCACCGCGCCAGCCGAUAGUGCAAAGGUCUUGCGAGAAGGAGUCAGCCAGCAGCAAUCCAAGCGGGCCUAAUGAGCAAAUCGGCUCCAGCUAUCUAGACGUCAAUUCGCUGUACUCUGGCGUCCCUCAUUCAGCGUCGAGUAACAACUUUCAGUCACCACCUCUCUAUUUUGUUGGAUCUGGCGGAAGUAACUACGACGUGACCUCCCAGCAGCAGUACAAAUCCACAGCUCCAUCUGCGAUGUGUCGUGAUGGGCACUAUGGAUGAACGCAUGUCAACAGCAGAAGCCUUGCCAACUAUGCAUCCCGGUGCGGAUAUUCCCUUCUGCAUGUGAAUCGCUUGCGAGAUUCUCAGCCCUCGCUGACGCUGCGUUUGAAUUCUGGACCUACGUCCGAGAACUUAUCGUCGGUAAUGUCUUGCCAAGAGGACACUGGGCACGAUAUGCUGAUAUUUUUAUCGGGAAUGCACUUGCGGCAGUUCAGCGAUGGUCGAGAGCAGAACAAACUUGGGGACCAGGGAGAGUAACGGCCUUCAGUGUAUUGGCAACGAGAGGGCUCGAAGAAAUGCAUGCUAUAUUUCUCCUUCUCCAUCUACCAGCAAGGCCCGUUCCAUUUCAUUUUAUGCGUCCCAGGAGAAUAAAGAAUAAAAUUGUGAUUACAGAAACC